GAGGGGGGAAAUUAUUCUAGUACUGGGAAUGAAAGAUGAAUUGGAGGGGUGAAAGAGUAGAGGGGAGGACCUGUAAAUGGGACUCUUAUAAUGAUCUAGGUUUGGGAGGGGGUAAUGAAGGCCUGCACUAGGGCAGUGGGUGGUAAGACUAUAACGGGUAAGGGAGAGUUGGGGAUAGGGUUGGUGUUGAGGAGAUGGACUUAGUUGACCUGGGAAGUUGGGUAUUAUAUCAUCCACACAACAUUUCAGGGACAGAAAGGCAUCAACAUUAACACCAAGGUAGUCAAGUAGGGAUUCGUUCCUCAUAUGUAAAAUGGGAAUAAAUGAUACUGCCAUGACCUACUUCAGAGGAUACUGUGAGAAGGGUGCUUUUGUAAACUUUAUGGGAUUAGUGACUGAAUCAUGAUACCAUUCUAUUCUUGGUGGCUUCUUUUUCUCUUUUUGGCUGUGUAAGAAGAGAUUGUUUGGUCCAGUUGAUGGAGGCCUUUGUCCAGAGGAGAGCCUGUGGAGUCAGCAGGGGAGGGUGACCCCAACUUUAGCUACCCCACCCUUAUCUGGGCCUGUAGCCUCACUGGGGGACAUUUCUUGGAGUGAGGCCUGAACCACAAUUCUCUGGCUACAGGGUUAUUAAUGCCGAGAAGUCCGAGUUCAAUGAAGACCAGGCAGCAUGUGGUCAACUAUCCAUCAAGCAUAGGGAAUUAGGAGACAGUGAAGACCAGGAGUGGAUGAUCCUGUGCCCGGAGGAGAUGCUUGCGGGUAAAGCUGGAGGAUGUAGUGGAGGGCAUCCUGGCCCCCCAGCCCCCUAUGCACCUCAGUGGCUGCUGCAUCUGCCCCAGUGAUCCCCAGUUUGUGGAGGAGAAAGGAAUCCAGGCACAAGAUCUAGUGAUCGGAGCCAUAGAGAAAGCUUUCCAGGAAUGUGACACAGUGAUUGGGCAGGAGAUGACAGCCACUGGCCAGUCAGGGGGCUGCACGGCUCUGACCAUCCUCUACUUGGAGGGGAAGCUGUAUGUUGCCAAUGCUGGAGAUAGCAGGGCCAUCCUUGUGCAGAGAGAGAGCCUGAGAGCUCUGAGCUCCGAGUUUACCCCUGAAUCUGAGAGACAGCGGAUUCAGCACUUGGCCUUCAUUCAUCCCAGGCUUCUGGCUAAUGAGUUUACCCGGCUAGAGUUUCCCCGACGCCUGAAAAGUGAAGAUGUGGGACAGAAGGUUCUAUUUCGAGACUAUAACAUGAAUGGCUGGGGCUACAAACAAGUGGAGAAAUCAGACCUCAAAUACCCACUGGUUCAUGGACAGGGCAAGCAGGCUCGUUUGCUGGGUACUUUGGCUGUGUCCAGAGGACUGGGAGACCAUCAGCUGAAGGUCCUGGACUCAGAUAUCAACAUCAAACCCUUUCUCCUCUCCAUCCCUGAGGUCACUGUAAUAGAUCUGGAACAGCAAGAUAUCCAGGAGGAUGAUGUGAUCAUCAUGGCCACUGAUGGGCUCUGGGAUGUCCUAUCCAAUGAGCAAGUAGCCCAGCUAACACGUACCUUCCUCCAGGACAACAGACAUGACCCCAACAGAUUGUCCGAGCUGGCCAAAUUGUUGAUCCAUAGGACACAAGGCAAAGAGGACAGCAUCUGGGAGCAGAGCUCACCUGGGAAUGUGCUGGUGUCCUAUGAUGAUAUUUCUGUGUUUGUAAUUCCUUUGCACCAUAAAAAACAAAGACGAAGGGAUUCCUGAGGUCUCCCAGUACUACCUGAGCCCCUGGAGGGUACAGCCAAAACGAGGCCCCAUCUCUUCUUGAAACCUGGGACAAAGGGCCAAGGCGAAGGGAAUCUCAAAAGGAGUUGGCUACCUCAAGGUGUUGAUAACUGCUGGUCUAAGUCCAGCCCAAACUGUUUUGAGUUUCAUGUGUGCCUCCUUUAGUCACAGCAGAUGCAGAACUAAUGCAUUCUGAACCAGGACUUGUCCUACCUCUUGCUGCAUAAGCUUUUCCUAGGACCCAUGGGACAUCUGCUGAUUAAUGUAUUCCAUGAAUCAUGUUCAAGAAAUUUUUUAAAAAAGAGAAAACCUGGCUUACUGAGGGGGAAGAACAGGGUACUCCAUGAUUCUUGUCAAUUAAAGCCCCCAUCUAAGGGGCUUUUAGUGUAGGACAAGGGUUAUAGAGAAGGGUUGAAACAAGGAUCCUGGACUUUGAAGAAAUGGCAUGGGAUGGGUGGCUCCUCCUCCUAUUCUUUGUUUCCAGAAAGUUUUUUCCCUGGUUUGUCCAACCUGACUUGGGGAGAGGACGGAAAAUUCCCCUUUCUCUAAAGGAACAUCAUUGCUUCUUUGGAAGGAAGAUGUUAUAUGAAGCCACAUGAUCCUGGCCAAGUUUCCUUAUUCCUCCGGGAUCUACUCACACCUGGUCUUCUGAUUCUAAGAAUUUUGUGGGUACAGAAGGCUCCAGAAUGGUUUUAUCUAAACUACUUAAAUUAUCCUGGACAGUAGAGCCAGGGCUGAAAAUGUAAACUUGUUGAUACACAA